AUGGACCCUCUCUACGGCCUCCACUCCCGCCGGGGGCUGCUGCCGCGCGCCUGCGGCUCCCCAGGUGUAUCGACAGCUCCCGCCCUCGCCUCCCCCCAGCCCCUGACAACUCCCACCAGAAAUACUUCUUUGCUUUCUUCUGGGCCUGCGGGUCUGCGCCCUCCGUUGGCCUCAAACUACGGCCCUUCUCUAAGCCACUUGGGGGCCCCCCCCAGGCCGGGGGCCCCCGGGGGGGCCCCCGGGGGGCCCCUCGAGGCCCUGGGGCCCCUCGGGGGGGCCCCCUCGAGCUCUCUUUGGGGCUCGCAUUUGCUCAGUUCUUCUUUGAGGGCCCCCUCGCCCUCCGGGCCCCUCCGCUGCACCUUGCAGCCACUGCGCAGCCAGCAGCAGCCAGCAGCAGCAGCAGCAGCAGCAGCAGACGUGCCGCUGCCCCGCGCCUACGUCAGCAGCAAGCGCCUGAACCUCAGCAGCAGCAGCAGCAGCAGCAGCAGCAGCAGCAGCAGCAGCAUGGGCCCUGCGGCUUCGGACUCCUUGCCGAGUGUCUCUACAGCUGCGAGCGUCUCCAACGGGACCACUGGUCACCGGGAAGGCGCGGCCUUUGGGGUGUACAGACACCUCCCGCCCCUCCAGCGCUCUGGGGGGGUCCGCGCUGUUUCCAUCUCGCGGCUGCAGAGCAGCAGCAGCAGCAGCAGCGAAACAGCAGCAGCAGCAGCAGCAGGAGGGAGUUUGAGCUGCUCCUUCUCUCCAAACUUUUCGCGUUUUGACUCGCAAGUGACCAGUGGUCACUCUUCGGCUCUCCCGUGCCACGCCGACGCCUACUCUGGGGUGUACAGACACCUCAGCGCAGACGCCGCCAAACCCCCUGCCCUCGCCUACGGCACUGCGGCUCCCAGCAGCAGCAGCAGCAGCAGCAGCAGCAGCAGGGGCAGGAGAGUCGCUUCUCCCUUUGUUUCUUCAGUAGCAGCAGCGCCAACCCCGACCCUACGAGCAGCAGCAGCACCAGCAGCGGCACCAGCAGCAGUAGCAGCUCCAGCAGCAGCAGCAGCACCUGCAGCAGCAGCAGCAGCACCUGCAGCAGCAGCACCCUCCUACUUCCCGAGCUCUGCGAAGUACAGCAGUCUCUCUCGGUCUGUCUUGAGCUGCUCCCCUCCCCGCACUGGCUUCAAACAGAGCGCAGCAGCAGCAGCAGCAGCAGAAGCAGCAGCAGCAGCAGGAACUGCAGCAGAUGGUCCUAAUUAUGGCUUUUCGGCCUUGCCGCGCCCGCAAGCGCGCAGCGCUGAGGUGUACGUACACCCCAGCCCAGAGUCUGAUUUGGGCAUUUCUGCGGGCAGCCGCAGCUUUGGGAGCAGCAGCAUUUCAAAACUCAACAGCAGCAGCAGCAGCAGCAGCAGCAGCAGUUUCUCUUCCCUUUACAACUGGGCGGCUCCCCCUGCUGCUGCUGCUGCAGCGAGCCAGCAGCAAGUGGGCGGCGCGGGAAGCAGCACUGGGAGCAGCAAAGUGAGCAGCAGCAGCAAACUGGCGCAGCGAGCAGCAGCAGCAAAGUGGCUGCCCGCAGCAAGCAGCAGCAGCGAAGUGGGAAGAGAAGAAGUGGAGGAAAGAGCUGCUGCAGCGAGCGCGGUGGGGGCGCUGAGGUGUACGUACACCCCAGAGGCUGGCCCUCCCCGCACUGCCCGCGUCGAAGCUUUCAUUUCUUUUUUGAAGGAGCUUUUUGCUGACAGGCAUUUCAUUCCUCCCGCGAGUGUUCUCCCGUGUCUGCUGACUCUGGCUUCCUACGCCCACGGGCUGCCUGCGGCGUCCCCCGCUGCUGCUGCUGCUGCUGCUGCUGCUGCUGCUGCGCGCGUGCCGUGGUGCUGCGUGGCCCACGAGGAGAUCGGGCCUGCAGCAGGAGAGGGCCUUUGCGUCAAAGACUUCCUCGUGCUUCAUCUCCUCAACGUGCUGCUGAGUCAACACGCCCUCAAGACGGCCCAGACAGGCAGGCCUGCAGCAGCAGCAGCAGCAGCAGCAGCAGCAGCAGCAGCAGCGGAUGGAGGGGGCGGGGCGCACGCGGAGGCGGACAAGUGGGGCUCCGCUGUCGGCGAUAAUCCUCUUGUUUUGUUUCUCGCCAGCAGCAGCAAAACAGACAGAGUCCGCGUACACCUCAGCCCCUACCGCGCACAACGCCCAGCAGCAGCAGCAGCAGCAGCAGCAGCAGCAGCAGGGGAAGGGGACGGCGAGGCUGUUGGAGCGCCUUGUUGGAUCUCGGUUGGCUGCUGCAGCUCCCUGGCGCUGGCGGUGUCCGCGCUCGAAGGCCUCUCUGCUGCUGCUGCUCCUGCAGCAGCAGCAGCAGCAGCAGCAGCAGCAGCAAACGGCAGCGGGGCCCGCCCUCGCCGGCACUUGAAUUUCUCUUCUUUGCUGCGGUGGUUCUGUGGGGAGCUGACGGGGCG